UUCAAGAGCAUUCUUCUCAACGGAAUGUAUCAAUCAUCCAAAAACAACUUUCUUCAGAGAUUAGUAAAUACGAAUACGAUAAAGAACAGUUGCGUUGUUUUCGUUUAUGGCACUCUGAAGAGUGGUGAACCAAAUAAUGGUGUUUUGAAGAACGACGAGAGCGGUCAAAAUCGUUUCGUUGGUAGUGCACGUACCGUUGAGCGAUUUCCGUUGAUCGUUGCGUCGAAGUACAAUAUUCCGUUUUGUUUAAAGCAGCCAGGAACGGGUCAUCGUAUUCAUGGUGAAGUAUACGAAGUGGAUGAGAGCAAAAUGGAGUUCCUUGAUAAAUUCGAAUCACAUCCACAGUUCUAUACAAGACAGUUACAUCAGGUAGAGAUGAAUUCUGGUGAAGUUUUGAUGGCUUGGAUUUAUCUGUUACCGUCAUGGAAACCGGAACUGCUGCAAGAGGGCAGUGAAUUCUUAGAAAACUAUACCUCAUCAGGGUCUCAUGGUCGUCCAUACGUUGACAGGUGA